GGCUGCCAACGGAAAAAGGAAGCGAGCGACACUACUGUUCGCGAACUUCAGCACCGCCACCGUCCACGCCUCUCGGUACUACGUUGUGCAUGUGUUGUUGUAUAUGUUUGAUAUCUGUCAUCGCUUAUAAGGUUAGCUACCGCGGAGGUCAGCGGAAUCCCUGCUUUUUUCGAGAUCCUCGGCGAGGAUGACGUCCUGUUUCGAAAAUGUGCAGGUGCCGUCCUGCGUCUGGUUCGAGGGCGGCGAGAAGAGGAACGCGCUUGUCUCGAUACUCGCAGGCACGCUGUUUUUCGUAGGAUGGUGGUUUAUAAUAGACGCUCAUGCGAAGUAUCCAAAUGAAAUGGCAAAUGCGUACCAUGUUUGCGGAGUGUUUGGUACCAUAUCACUCUUUAUGGUCAAUUCAGUGACAAAUGCACAAAUAAGAGGAGAAGCUUACAAUGGCGGGUGUUUAGGAGCAAGAGGUGCUCGAAGUUGGUUGUUUAUUGGAUUUGUUAUGGGAUUUGCAGCAGUAAUAGCAGCCUGUUGGAUCUUGUUUGCUAACUUUGUAGCAGCAGGCGCAGACCAUCAUUGGCCAGGAGUAGGAUUGUUCCUGCAAAAUGUAUUUAUUUUCCUGGGCUCGCUCACGUAUAAAUUUGGUCGAUCCGAGGAUCAGUGGGGUUAAUAGAUGCGUGCUGUUGAUGGAAUAUAUUUUUAUUACCGCAUAGUCAAAUCAAGCACCACAAGCGGAGUUCGGCUAAGCAAACUUGAGACGUCAACAUACCUUGUAUCGCUUCAAGCCCGAAAUUUAUUUCGAUUACAGCAAAUUAUUAUUAUAAACCGUUCCAAUUACACGAUUCUUAUUUAUAUUCGAAAUUAUAAACACAGAUAGCAAUUACAAGUUACAAUUUUAUAUAUAUAUAUGUAAGAUUUACUGUAAAGAUAAGAAGACUAGAUUAUCGACUUUUAUGUGAUAGAAUUAUACACUAUUUACGCUAUGUUAAUAAUUUUAAAUUACAUCGGUAAUUUUGGAUUUGUUAGUCAUCAAACCCUAUAUUUAUAUAUCUUUUUCAUAAUUUUUUUUGAUAUCUUAUAUUUGAUACUUUUACAAAAAAGAUAAUCACAAAUAUCUUAUGAAUUGAAGUUAAAUAGAUAAACUAUGUCCC